AUCCUCAUUUCUAUCCCUCUCACUAAGCAGUCUGAGCCUGAGCAACAUACAGAACCCACUCAAAAAGUUGUUCUGUGCCCGUUGCAGGUUCACACCACAUCACUGUGCGUGCGGCGAUUCAAAAACGCCGUCGUUUUUACGCUCCCCCUUCAAAAAACGCGGUCGUUUUGCUCCGCCACCGUUAUCAACUCCUUCACAAUGUCGAUUCGGGACUCGGAAUCACUGAAUUGGCACUACGACACAGAACUCGACGAUGAAACCCUCGAAAUCCGCGGCCGCAAGCUCUUCUUCGUCAUCGUCCUCUUCUCCAUCAUCCUCCUCUUCACCGCGCUCUUCGUCUUCGCGCGCCGGAUCUGCCGCCACCACCACGGGCUCCUCCUCCCCAACGCCGUCCCGCCGCGCCACGCGUCGCUGUCUCCGCCGCAGAACAGCGGCCUCGACGCCGAGGCGAUCAAGAGGCUCCCGAUCGUCCUCCACCCGCGGCGCAACCUCGCGGCGGCGGAGGAGACGGAGUGCUGCAUCUGCCUCGGCGUGUUCGCCGACGGCGAGAAGCUGAAGGUUCUUCCAGGAUGCGACCACAGCUUCCAUUGCGAGUGCGUGGACAAGUGGCUCGCGAAUCACUCCAAUUGCCCUCUCUGCAGAGCUUCGCUCAAGCUCGAUUCUUCGUUUCCCCGGAUUUUGAUCCAAUCGCCACCCGUUCGAACUAGUCUUCUGGUCUGAUCCUUCUUUUUUUUUUCUUUCUUUUGAUUUGUAACUUCAAUAGUAAGUUAGUAAUAGUAAAUUAGUAAUCCUAAAUCCUAAUCCACUUGUUAUGUAUUAUUUGUCUUCAGUAAUGUAAAUCGUUGUAAGAACCAAGAAGGAAUCCUUAGAGAUAUCGAUAGUUUAACAGUUUUUUUCAUAAA